AUAAAGAGAGACGGAACACAAGCCAGGCUUUAUCCUUCUCUCCUGUCCUGCUCUCUCAGACCUCACAAGAGAAGCUCCCGUAGCCCACUAGCUCACCCUCACUUCCCACAGUUUUUUUCCCCUUCAGACACAAAGUCUCGCCAGACGUGUCGAAUUCGAACAGAGGAUGGCCGCAUCCAUGUGGAGAAUGAAUGGGCUCUGCAGAAGCAUGACUGGAGUUCUGCUCCUCUGCGCUCUAUUGUUUAGCAGCGAAGUGAUGUGUCAAGACGAUUCUCCUGCAUCAAACACAGAAGCUUCUAGUGCUGGAACUGAUGCCCCAGCUGCUGUUCCUGAAUCCACUCCUAAGCCAGACCCAACUGUCGUUCCCUCUGAUGGACCCAGUGGAGAUUCUGCAGGUUUUACUGUUGCUCCAGCAAAUGUCCCAACAAGCAGACACAAUGAUCAAGAUGGAGGUACCCUGGGGAACCCCAAGGAUCUUAACACUUCAAGGGUCAUCACAGGCACACAUGUGCCAAUAAUUUCACCUGAAAUUGAGUGUGUUGGAGAGGGAGAAAUCCAUGAACAAAGUGCUGUUAAGGCUGAAGUAACAACAAAGGACUGUGAAGCAACAAAGCGCAUCUUUGAGGACAACCUAGCACAUUGGUGCAGCUCUGAAAAAUGUGAUCUGAAAAUCUUCCAAGAGAACAGCAAUGUCUUGAUGACCAGCAGUGAUGCUAAACUGUCUUCUUUGGCUGGAUCACUCAAAAGUGAAGCUUUGAAAGGCGAGUUGGGAUUGAAAAACGUUAACGUCCCACCAUCAUCAAACUCUUCUGUAUUUGUUGGAGUACUGGUCACUGGUCUUCUUGCUGCCCUCGGCAUGAUUGUGGGAUACUUCAAGUGUCAACGGAAGCCUGAAACUAAGGGAGAAAAACUGGCAGAGGAAGCCUUCCCAGUGGAUCAGGAGAAUCAGGGGAACACCCUUGCGUCUGAGGCCCCUCUGAACCCUCCUCCAGAAACUCAGGAGAAACCCAGCGUUAAUGGAGAGUCCCUGGAGGCGGUUAAGACCGAGACUUCUCCUCCCACCAACGGCCACUCCACUGCAAAGACGGCAGACACAGAGCUGUGAAAUAUACAUUUAUCCACACAGAUGCAUACAUGCCCACACAAAGAAAUUUGGUAUCUUAUCCUGUUCAGCCAUAGAGGCCGCAGCAAAAAAACAAAAACCCAAAACAAAACAGCAGGGAUUAUAAUAACCUCUCUUAGAGCUACAGAGCUUUGCUGUGGUUCUUUUCCUCGUUGGCUGUUUGCCUCAACAAACAUUAGGAAAACUAGUCUGAUGAUGAUAAUAUUGGCAGAUAAAAAUAGUGCUGAUGAUGACGAAGACAGUCCCUGGGUUUUUGAUGGCAGUCAGACUGAGACCAACAAGAGGAGGUUGGCAGCUCUUCUUUUUAAAUUAAUCAUCACAAACUCUUAUGAAGACUGCAGCCAGUGACAUACUGCUGAAUCCAGCAGUCUAACACCUGUCAUCUGGCUUAAACUCGCUACAAUUCCUGCAACACAGCAUAAGCACAUGGAUAAAAAUGUCUUUAAUUUUUUUUUUAUUUUAAGCCAGAAAAGACAAAAAGAAGAGGAGCAAAGCAUGGCAAAUUUACAAACUUGUCUGACAAAAUAAACCCACUGUACACGUUCAAAUGUUUGCUGCAUGUGAGUGUUAACAUUUACUAAGAUUUCCAUCGUCCAUAGGCUGUAUAUAUCAGUACAUGCAUCUAGGCUUUCAUUUUUCAUUUUGUACUUUGAUGACUUGAUAAAAGUGUAAAAGAUUUUGAGUGUGAACAUGAAUGUUAGCCAUUAAAACCUGUACAGUUUUAUGAAAUUAGUUGUCGUUUGAAUGAGCUGCAGUGGAAGAAGAAUCAAAGUUUCUUCCUUUUCUCUUGAAGAGGCUGAACCAUGAGGAAACUGUCAAAUCAUGUGAUCAGCCAAAAAGAGAACAGACCAACUGAUGAUCACUCUCAGCUUUUUUUGUCAUGUUUGUCAGUGUUAUUCUCAUUUUAGUAUAUAACUGUGUUGCUUAUCCACUUGGUGUAGGAGUAUUUAUGCCUCAUAUGUCAGUUCAUAACCCAUGUUCUUAAAACUAAACUUGUUUCAACUAAAUAAUGCUUGAUCUUCAUAAUACUCAAGGUUGUGACUGUUAUUUUUUAUUAUUGUUAUUAAUAUUUCUAUGGGGUUUUUUCCGUUUUCUUCUUUGGAAACGUUUUGUAACAUUUUGAAAAUACACUUCAAAUUUUGUAAUGUAAACAUUGAAAAAGCAAAUUCACAAAUGCUUGAAUUUUGUAAAAAUAAAUAAUCACAAUUUC